UCGCGAGACUUUCCGUGAAUUGGCGUAGCCGCGUUUGUGUGGUGUGUGUUACUGUACACGCUAACUAAACCUAACCACCUAAACUUUGUCAUAUUUGUCGGUAAACCUCUCCGGUAUACAUAGUUAAGGUGAAGUGGUCUUUAGAAUCAACGUAACCAUGAGUGUGCUUGCCAAAAUAGCAGAGAUAGAAAAUGAGAUGGCCAGGACACAGAAGAACAAGGCCACAGCUCACCACUUGGGUCUGCUCAAAGCACGUCUAGCUAAGCUGAGGAGGGAGCUCAUCACACCAAAAGGCGGGAGUGGUGGUGGACCUGGAGAAGGUUUUGAUGUGGCAAAAACCGGCGAUGCUCGAGUUGGUUUUGUUGGCUUUCCUUCAGUAGGAAAGUCCACCCUGCUGAGUAACCUAGCAGGUGUGUACUCUGAGGUUGCAGCAUACGAGUUCACAACGCUUACAACAGUUCCUGGGGUCAUUCGGUAUAAAGGUGCCAAAAUUCAGCUCCUGGAUCUUCCAGGAAUCAUCGAAGGAGCCAAGGACGGCAAGGGUAGAGGCAGGCAGGUCAUUGCAGUGGCUCGAACCUGCAAUCUAAUCCUGAUAGUGCUGGAUGUGUUAAAGCCUCUUCUUCAUAAGAAGCUAAUAGAACAUGAGCUGGAGGGCUUUGGCAUCCGACUUAACAAACAGCCUCCCAACAUCGGGUUCAAAAAGAAGGACAAAGGAGGCAUUAACUUCACCGCUACAUGUGCUCAAAGUGAGCUGGAUGGUGAUACAGUUAAGACCAUCUUGGCCGAGUACAAGAUCCACAACGCCGACAUCACCCUGCGCAGUGAUGUCACAGCUGAUGACCUGAUUGAUGUGGUGGAGGGAAACCGGGUUUACAUCCCGUGCAUCUAUGUGCUCAAUAAAAUCGACCAGAUCUCCAUCGAGGAGCUUGACAUCAUCUACAAAGUUCCCCACACUGUGCCCAUCUCAGCCCACCACCGCUGGAACUUUGAUGACCUGCUGGAGCGGAUGUGGGACUAUCUACAGCUUGUGCGCAUCUACACCAAACCCAAAGGCCAGCUGCCUGAUUACACGUCUCCUGUUGUACUCCCGAAUGGACGGACUUCAGUGGAGGAUUUCUGCUUGAAAAUUCACAAAAAUCUCAUCAAGGAAUUAAAGUAUGCACUUGUGUGGGGCUCGUCUGUUAAACACAACCCUCAGAAGGUGGGCAAGGACCACGUCAUGGAGGAUGAAGAUGUUAUCCAGCUGGUGAAAAAGUAGACAAGCUCCUAAACAUCUGCAUGGUCUGUGGAUCUCAAAGCUAAUCAGUAAAAUUACCAAACAUGUCCAAAAGAACAUCUGUCUCUCCUCCUGUGGUUUCCACUCGCUUGCUUUACAUAAAAAUUGGCAUGAAUAUACCACGGUUGGGAAACAGUACCGAACACCAUUAAUUGUUCAUAUUGAAUGUUGGUUAAGGCUUGCAUAACAAAACGAAGAAAACUCCAAUAAAAACUGAAUUGAGUA